AUGAAGCUGCUGUGCUCCCGUCCCAGCCAGCCAGGUCCCAGGCGUUGGAUAAAAUCGUUUUGGCCUCGUACUGCCUGCUCCUCUUUUCCCCAUGCACACCAAGUUCCGUCGACCACUUCUGCCUCAAAACCACCUCUAUCCAGCAACCUGUAUAAAUCUCUGACUCUGUCCCAGAUUUUCCCGCUGGCUGCUUCCGCACGGCCAAAAGCGUACUCUCGUUUUCUCGCCUUCUGCGCCAGCCCGGUGCUGACGACUCGGCGCUAG